UACCCAUUUUUGCCAUGAUGAGUUGCUCAUACCUGUUCCAUCCAGCCAUUUUGGUGGUACACGCUUGCCCCACUUUGGUUUUGCCAUGUGUUUUUAUGGUGGAGUUGGAUUCUGGGACCAACCUGAAGGGUUUCUCAUUCAAAUGAGUGGAUUUCCUUAGUGUUACCAAAAAAUAUUUGGAAUAGUCUUGCAUUGUGGUUCUUUAGUUCUUGCAGUUGAGGUGCAAGGAGUCUUCUGUGAAUAAUUGGUGAAGUGGAAUUUUUUUAAUGACUUGUGGCAUUGGAGAGUUCCUAAUGAAACCCCUUGUGGAAAGAGGAUGGAUGGUUGUAGGAGAUAAAUGGCAGCUCUGUGGAGGAAUUAAAGGGGAUGGUGUUGGUUCUACUGGUCGAAGGCAAUGGUUUUGGGCUGUUGGGAUGCUGUGCCAUGGAUGUUCCCAUAGAACCCCAAACUAGCCCAUUGCCCCUUUGUCCUGCAGUGGUCCCCCAGUGGCUGGUGGCUCUGUCUUGUUGUGAUGCUUAUGAAUAUGCAAAAUGUUCUUAUGCUUUAAGGGGUUGGUUUUGGUCAUGGAAGACAACUGGUAGUCAGAAUCAAGUGGUUUGGGGGUACUUGGAUCACCUCCAUUCCCUUGGUGAUACAUCCUCUCAAUUCCAGGAUGUCGUGUUGGAGAUGUCCAUUGAUUGAUUUGCAAUUCUGCAGCUUGGCUAUUGUGCAGCUUUAAAAUUAAUUUGUUCUGUUAAAAUCUGUUAAUGACCAUGAAUGGGUUAAGAAAGUGCAUUAGAAAUGAGCAGUUUGAUGGAGUUGGACUGGCUUGAGCGCAGUGCUUUGGCGUAGCUGAUGGAAGCGGUGUGGCUGCUGGGUUUGAGUUGUGGGGGGAACCACUAGGGAGGCGCUGUGGAGCUGCAGGGCAGUCUCAGCUCUGUGGGGUUGGCUUGGGAGCGGAGGAUGCUCCUGUCCCCCUCUGCCAGUGCCAGCACUGGGGGGCAAAGGGAAGAGCUCUUGUCUGGGGAUUCUGCCACCGAACUGGGGAGAAGCUGCCCCUUGGGUGGGGUGACCCCCAGGGUGGGCUGCUGCUGCCUGCAUGGCUGUGAGCUCCACUUCCAUGCCUUCAAAAUGGCUUGUAACAGCACCACUUCCUGUCCAGGGAGGAAGUAAUUUUAGCCCAGGCACUGAAAUAUUUAGCAAAUCUUUAAAACAAAAGGCACAAAUUCCAUUUCUUUCUGGCUUCCAAAGGGUGCCUGAGCCACAUGGGGUUAAGGUGCCCCUUGAGCUGGGGUAGUUGGAAGGAGCCAGGGCUGUGGGGUAGCAGGCACCCUUUAGGUGGAGGCUCUCUCUUUUUUUGGUAGAAAUGAAGGGGUGGGUCUAUGGUACAUCACCUGAGUUGUGGGGUAAAUGUAGAGAGUGUCAAUCAAAGGCAGAGCUCAGAGCUGGGAAGGAGCUCUAGAUGGCGGCUGUGCCUUAGAGAGAGCGCGCUCAGCUCCGUGCCUUCCCCAACACUUUACGCAACUUUCCCUAACUUUCAGGCAGCCUCAGGGGGCCCCCACAGCCCCUUGCCUCUCCUAGGCACUAAUCGGGGGCCGAGCGGACCUUUUUCGGGCAGAAAAGCAGCUUUUGAGGGCUCCCUUUUCGUGCCUUGCUGGAAAGAAGAAGCCGUGGAGAGAGCCCAGGUCGUUGUUUUUCCAGCUUAGAAGCCAUGGCGUACCUCCAUUUUUGUGCGCUCUCCUAAUGAGCUUUUUCCCCCGGACAUUUUUGUACUAAUUACCGCUUCUUUUGCUUUAUCGGCAGCAUAUUUUUGGGAUUAGAAUAUAUAUUUUUUUUUAUUUUCUGAAAUUUAUAUUUUAUCGGUAUAAUUACAAAUAUUUUGGAUCUAAUGUUUUUCCACUACCCGAAACUAAUAUCGACUUGGUCCUGGCGGCGGUGCAUGGAUCAGUAAAUACCUGGGCACAGGACUUCAAAGCAAACAGACACCCCUGACCCCCUUUUAAUAUUUAAGAAUAAAAAGAUGAUGAGAAAUAAGGACAAAAGCCAAGGAGAGGAGGGUUCAGUCCACAGCAAUGCAUCGAGUCACUCAGCAUCCGAAGAAGCCUCUGGCUCUGACUCUGCAAGCCAGUCUGAAAGUGAGCAGGGCAGCGAGUCAAACAGCAGCUCCGAGUCCUCUGAGAGUCAGUCUGAAUCCGAAAGUGAAUCAACGGGUUCCAAAUCCCAGCAGACCCCUCCUGAAACCAAAGAAAAACCCGCCUCUAAGAAGGAAAGGAUAGCAGAUGUUAAAAAGAUGUGGGAAGAAUAUCCUGAUGUUUAUGGGGUUAGGAGGUCAAACCGAAGCAGACAAGAACCGUCACGAUUUAAUAUAAAAGAUGAGGCAAGUAGCGAAUCUGAAAAUGAGAGCCCAAAAAGAAGACGCCAGAAGCAGUUGAAAAGAAAAAUUAAGUGGAAAAGGGAGGUCUCUGCUGGAGAAGAGGAUGAAGAUGGAGGGGAGCAAGGCACCAGUGGAGAGAGCGAGCCUGAACCUAAGAAAAUUAAAGCAAGAAGACCUGUCCAGAGGAGAACAGUGGCCAAAACUGGUGUUAAAAAGCCCCACAAAAUCCAGCGUGGGAAGAGGAAGAAACCAGACUCAUCUGAAGAUGACGAUGAUGAUGAAGACGAUGAGACCCCCAAGAGGCAAACUCGGCGAAGAGCAGCCAAAAAUGUCAGCUACAAAGAAGAUGAUGAUUUUGAGACGGAUUCUGAUGACCUGAUAGAGAUGACUGGGGAAGGAGCUGAUGAACAACAAGACAACAGUGAAACUAUUGAGAAAGUCUUGGACAUCAGGCUUGGAAAAAAGGGAGCCAUUGGAGCCUCCACCACAGUGUACGUGACCGAGGCCAACGGCAACCCCAGCGCCGACUUCGACCCCGAGAAGGACGAGGGCGAGGUCCAGUACCUGAUCAAGUGGAAGGGCUGGUCAUACAUCCACAGCACGUGGGAGAGCGAGGAGUCCUUGCAGCAGCAGAAAGUGAAGGGCCUGAAAAAGCUAGAAAACUUCAAGAAGAAAGAGGAGGAGAUCAAGCAAUGGCUGGGCAAGGUAUCACCUGAAGAUGUAGAAUAUUUCAACUGCCAACAAGAGCUGGCUUCAGAGCUAAACAAACAGUAUCAAAUAGUGGAGAGGGUAAUAGCUGUGAAGACCAGCAAGUCUGCCACGGGACAUUCAGAUUUCCCAGCAAACAGUCGCAAAACAUCCUCGAAUGACCCCGAAUACCUGUGCAAGUGGAUGGGGCUGCCCUAUGCCGAGUGCAGCUGGGAAGAUGAGGCUCUGAUCAGCAAGAAAUUCCAGCACUGCAUUGACAGCUUCAACAGCAGGAACAACUCCAAGACGAUUCCCACCCGUGACUGCAAGGUGUUGAAGCAGAGGCCGAGGUUUGUUGCCUUGAAGAAGCAGCCCUCGUACAUCGGCGGGGAGAACCUGGAGCUGCGCGAUUACCAGCUGGAGGGCCUCAACUGGCUCGCUCACUCCUGGUGCAAAAACAACAGCGUGAUCCUGGCUGAUGAAAUGGGACUGGGCAAGACCAUUCAGACAAUAUCAUUCCUGUCAUACCUGUUCCAUCAGCACCAGCUGUAUGGCCCUUUCCUGGUGGUGGUGCCCCUGUCCACCCUCACCUCCUGGCAGAGGGAGUUUGAAGUGUGGGCACCUGAGAUAAACGUGGUGGUUUACAUUGGAGACCUCAUGAGCAGGAACAUGAUUCGUGAAUAUGAGUGGAUCCAUUCUCAGUCUAAAAGAUUGAAAUUCAAUGCACUUAUCACAACAUAUGAGAUCCUCCUGAAGGACAAAACUGUUUUGGGAAGCAUUAACUGGGCCUUUCUGGGCGUGGACGAAGCCCAUCGGUUGAAAAACGAUGACUCCUUGCUGUACAAAACCUUGAUUGAUUUCAAGUCCAACCACAGGCUGCUGAUCACUGGCACCCCACUUCAAAACUCACUCAAGGAGCUCUGGUCCCUGCUGCACUUCAUCAUGCCAGAGAAGUUUGAGUUCUGGGAGGAUUUUGAGGAGGAUCACGGGAAAGGUAGAGAGAACGGCUACCAGAGCCUUCACAAAGUCCUGGAGCCGUUUCUGCUGCGCAGAGUGAAGAAGGAUGUGGAGAAAUCUUUGCCAGCCAAAGUGGAGCAGAUCCUCCGGGUGGAAAUGUCUGCUCUGCAGAAGCAGUACUACAAGUGGAUUUUGACAAGAAACUACAAAGCUCUUUCAAAGGGAACAAGGGGAAGCACAUCUGGUUUCCUGAAUAUUGUGAUGGAAUUGAAAAAGUGCUGCAACCAUUGCUACCUUAUCAAACCUCCCGAGGAAAAUGAGAGAGAGAAUGGCCUUGAGACCCUGCAGUCUUUGAUCAGGAGCAGUGGAAAGCUGAUUCUCUUGGACAAGCUGCUGACCAGGCUGCGGGAGAGAGGCAACAGAGUGCUGAUCUUCUCACAGAUGGUGAGGAUGCUGGACAUCUUGGCAGAGUACCUGACUAUCAAACACUACCCUUUUCAGCGCUUGGACGGCUCGAUCAAGGGGGAGAUCCGAAAGCAGGCGCUGGAUCACUUCAACGCCGACGGCUCCGAGGACUUCUGUUUCUUGUUGUCAACAAGAGCUGGAGGGUUGGGAAUUAAUUUGGCCUCUGCUGAUACUGUUGUUAUCUUUGACUCGGACUGGAACCCCCAAAAUGAUCUUCAGGCUCAGGCCCGAGCUCAUCGGAUUGGACAGAAGAAGCAGGUGAAUAUUUACCGCCUGGUCACCAAGGGGACAGUGGAGGAGGAGAUCAUUGAGAGAGCCAAGAAGAAAAUGGUGCUGGAUCAUUUGGUUAUCCAGCGUAUGGACACCACCGGCCGGACUGUUCUGGACAACAACUCUGGGAGAUCCAACUCAAAUCCCUUCAACAAAGAGGAGCUGACAGCUAUUUUGAAGUUUGGAGCUGAAGAUCUUUUCAAGGAGCUUGAAGGGGAAGAGUCGGAGCCUCAGGAGAUGGACAUCGAUGAGAUUCUGCGUCUGGCUGAAACCCGGGAGAAUGAGGUGUCCACCAGUGCCACCGACGAGCUGCUCUCACAGUUCAAGGUUGCCAACUUUGCAACCAUGGAGGAGGAAGAGACAGAGCUGGAUGAGCGGUCCCAGAAGGAUUGGGAUGAUAUCAUUCCAGAAGAGCAGAGGAAAAAGGUGGAGGAGGAAGAAAGGCAGAAAGAAUUGGAGGAAAUCUACAUGCUGCCUCGAAUCCGGAGCUCAACGAAAAAGGCUCAGACAAAUGACAGUGAAUCUGAUGCAGAGACCAAGAGAAGGCUGCAGAGAUCGUCUGGGUCAGAAAGCGAGACCGACGAUACCGACGACGAGAAGAGACCCAAGCGCAGGGGACGCCCUCGGAGUGUUAGAAAAGACACUGUGGAAGGGUUUACUGAUGCUGAAAUCAGGAGGUUUAUCAAGGCUUACAAGAAGUUUGGAUUGCCUCUUGAACGGCUGGAGUGCAUUGCCCGGGAUGCUGAGCUGGUGGACAAGUCUGUGGCUGACCUGAAGCGUUUAGGGGAGCUCAUCCACAACAGCUGUGUGUCAGCAAUGCAGGAAUAUGAGGAGCAGCUGAAGGAAAAUCCAGCAGAAGGGAAAGGACCUGGAAAGAGACGAGGUCCUACCAUCAAGAUUUCUGGUGUCCAAGUCAAUGUGAAAUCCAUCAUCCAGCACGAAGAGGAGUUUGAAAUGCUGCACAAAUCCAUUCCCUCGGACCCAGAGGAAAGGAAGAAGUACCGCCUGACGUGCCGCGUCAAAGCUGCUCAUUUUGAUGUAGACUGGGGAGUGGAGGAGGAUUCUCGCUUGUUAGUGGGAAUUUACGAGCAUGGUUAUGGAAACUGGGAGCUAAUUAAAACAGAUCCGGAGUUGAAGUUGUCUGAUAAGAUCCUACCAGUUGAGACAGAUAAGAAACCUCAGGGAAAACAGCUCCAGACCCGAGUUGAUUAUCUGCUGAAACUGUUGAAAAAAGAUCUGGACAAGAAAGAAAACAUGAAAGAUGGGGAAGAGGGCAAGCUAAAGAAGAGGAAACCACGAGUGAAGAAAGAGAACAAGGCUCCCAAAGUCAAAGAUGAGCAUGGGAAUGAACUCUCCUCUCCUCGGCACUCAGACAACCAGUCAGAAGAAGGUGAAGUCAAGGAGGAUGGCUUGGACAAGAGCCCAGUGAAAAAGAAACAGAAGAAGAAAGAGAACAAAGAGAACAAGGAAAAACAGACAUCCUCUAAGAAAGAAAAGGAAAGCGAUAAAGAGAAAAAGAAGACAAAAGACAAGAAAGAGAAGCCUAAAGGUGGUGAGGCCAAAUCUGGAAGUAAAGGGAAGAGAUCACAGGGUCCUGUCCACAUCACUGCAGGGAGCGAGCCAAUCCCCAUUGGAGAAGAUGAGGAUGAUGAUCUGGAUCAAGAAACAUUCAGCAUAUGCAAGGAAAGGAUGAGACCAGUCAAAAAAGCACUGAAGCAACUUGAUAAGCCUGAUAAGGGACUGACAGUUCAAGAACAGCUGGAGCACACACGCAACUGCCUGCUGAAAAUCGGUGAUCGCAUCUCUGAGUGCCUUAAAGCCUACACUGACCAGGAUCACAUCAAGCUGUGGAGAAGGAACCUAUGGAUAUUUGUGUCAAAAUUCACAGAAUUUGAUGCCAGAAAACUACACAAGCUCUACAAGAUGGCUCAUAAGAAAAGAUCACAGGAAGAGGAGGAGCAGAAGAAGAAGGAGGACAUGUCCAGCAUGAAGAAGCCGUUCCGCCCAGAGCCUUCGGGCUCCAGCCGUGAUUCCGUGAUGUCCCAGUCCCAUGUGCCUCACAAUCCUCAUUCCCAGAAGAUCCACAUGCCCCCUUCCCACACCCAGCAGCAGAUGCACGGGCACCCCCGGGACAACUACGGCCAUCCAAACAAGAGACAUUUCAGCAACACAGACCGAGGAGACUGGCAGAGGGAUCGAAAGUUCAACUACGGCGGCAACAGCAACCAGAUGUGGGGCGGGGAGCGGCACCACCAGUACGAGCAGCACUGGUACAAGGACCACCACUACGGGGAGCGGCGGUCGCGGGGGGAUCCCCACCGCAGCUCCGGGAACUACAGACCAAACAACCUGUCCCGCAAGAGGCCCUACGAGCAGUACAACAGCGACCGAGACCACAGGGGCCACCGCGACUACUACGACAGGCACCACCACGAUUCCAAACGUCGACGGUCCGACGACUUCAGGCCUCAGAACUACCACCAGCAGGAUUUCCGGCGGAUGUCUGACCACAGGCCACCCAUGGGCUACCAUGGCCAAGGACCUUCGGACCACUACCGGUCCUUCCACACAGACAAACUGGGGGAUUACAAACAGCCCCUCCCUCCAUCCCACCCUGCCAUGUCGGACCCUCGCUCGCCCCCCUCUCAGAAAUCCCCCCACGAUUCCAAGUCACCUCUUGAUCACAGGUCACCUCUGGAUAGGUCAUUGGAACAGAAAAACAAUCCAGAUUAUAACUGGAACAUUCGGAAAGCGUAAGGCGACUGAGAGGGCAAAGCGCGCGUCUGGAACCCCGGGGUUGGUGCGACGGUGGCUGCUUUCUCCAGGCCAGCAACGAGAAACUCUGAACAUGCUGCUAUCAUCUGGCUGGGUCAAGGAGGAUUUUGGGGGAGUGGGUGGAGGAAGAUUUUCCCUGGUUCUUGAUUCUGGUUUAGAUUCCCAUUUCCUUUCCCCUUUUUUACCAUUGAACUGUUCUGUCAUUGAACCAGCCUUGCUGCCUCGUUUGUUGUUUUGAUUUUGUUUUCCUCAGUCCAAUGGACCCAAGGGAGUUUUCCCCAGCCGGUGUUUCCUCAGAAGGAGAAGGCAGAUUGAUGCUGCUUAGGAUGGUGCAGAAGGCUGUGUGCCUGCUCUGACUUGAUGUUACGUGACAGAUGCUGCUUUGGGCUUGGGGAUAAACUGGUUGGGCUGGGAUUUGUGUGUCACCAGCAUGGGGGAGUGGGAGGAUAUGUUCAAGGAGGGACAGGAAGGUCCCUCAGCAGCCAAACUUGGUUGAAAGAGAGACUUGAUGUCCCUGCAGAAUGACUCCAAAGGAGCUGGAGCCAUGCUGGUGACAAUCCAUCACUUUUCUGGCCAUGUUAUCAUUUUCAUGUCUUUAUCCAUUUCAAGAAACUGGCUCUGAUUUGAUUGCUGUUGUGUCCCCUGCAACAGAAGAGGUGGGGGGAUCUUCCUCCCAUCUCCAGAGCUGGAACUGGCAAAUCUUAACUCUGGGGGUAAGUGGGAGCUGGGAAAAAAGGGCCAACAUCCUUAGCAAAGGCUGAGUUCACUUCUAACCACCAGGAAAGAAAUUGGGGUGAGAACAGUAUUUCCCAGUGUACAGGGCUCAGGAAUUCAUAACAAAACUCUUCUCUUCUGGCUUGGGUGGUCCAGGAACUAACAGAUGGUGGCUGGGAGGUGCAAGAUCAAACGAUGGCUCUGGGGAUACUGGAACUCCUAAUCUUCCUGCCAGUAAAGCAUCUGGUCUUUGGGCAAAUCACUUCUCUCUUUGCUUCACAAAACAGUGAUCACAAACCUUUACUGUAACUGAAGGAUAGGGGAUGGUAGAACGAAGUGAAGUAGGAAUCCAGUGGAGUGAUCACUGUUCAGGGAAUGGUCACCUUCCUGCCACCUUUCCAGCAGUCAGCAGUGACUCUGAAUUGCUAAAAGUACCUGCACUUAGAGACCUUUUGUUUGUCUAAAUUGGAAAUGAACCUGAGGACUUAGCACCUCAGUGAGCAGGGACAGAAUGAGGAAUUCAGGACUGAUCUGUAAAGAUCCUUGGAGCAAAUGUCUUAAUGCCCAGCAUGGCAGAGGGAAAAGAGGAAUGUGCAGCCCAGCUCAGUGGACUUCAGGGCAAACACUCCAAGUAUCCAAACCACAGUAUUUAAUGCAAACCAGUGUCCAGCCUGGACACUUGGCGUGGUGAGAGGGGUUGGUUGUGCACAUCCUGCUGGCCAGAAGCACCUUGGGUGAUUAUUUUUCAGGUUGGAGCUCCCUGGAGACCACAAAGGCUGCCCCGAGCGUGGUGUCUGGGGCUGCAUCACCACCCUGAGCUCAGUAUUAAAGACCGGGCAGUUCCAGCCUCCUGUUUGGCAGGGCACAGAAGCUGGGCCUCCUAUUAAGAUGCCAGUAUUUGACUCUAAUAAGCUGUGAUGUCCCUUCCCCAAAAGACUGAGGGCAGGUGGGUGUUCAGGGCUGGCUUCCUGACUCCAGCCAGUGCCUUGGAAGGCACGUGCAAACUGACACUAAUAUUCCUCCAUGCAGUAUAUCCCUGGAAAUCUGCUGCCGUCACUCCUCCCCAUCCCGCUGCUCUAAGGGGACACACGGGAAGUGUUUUGUUCCCCUUUUUCUUUUACGUUGCAAGAUUUCCACUGAAUUCAGGGCAGUUUUGUUUCCUGUGGGGCACUUGCUGCUCUGAUCAAGUGUUAAACUCGUGUUUACCUGUGCAGGGUGAGGUGAAGGCAAGUCUUCCACAGUCCCCCUCGGAGGGGUGGGAGGUGUGGAGAGAGCACGUUUCCGUGGUGUUUCCCACUAAGCUGUGAUUGCAGGCUGUGGUAUUCAACAAAGAGGUCCUUUCUUUUCAGAGGUAUUAGCUUUUAAUGUGAAAAUGGAGACAGCCUCAGAAGGGCAAAGAGAAUUGCUGUUUUUGUCACGGUGCUGUCACGGUGGGAAGUUUGUGCCAUACUCGUGUAGCAAAGGCAAUACUGGCAACCAGUGUGAGGGCUGGUGCAGGAAAACUUUGGAUCCCAGCAGGAGGCAUUUUCUCUGUCGAGGUGUGGGGGUUUCUGCUUAUCCCAGGUUCCAGGCACGAGGUUGGUUGGGAUUUCCUUCUUGUGCAACAGCAAAGGCUUUACCCAUAUCCACUGGAGAGCUGUCCCCAUUGUCACUUUAGCCUGACGUUGAAGUCACAUCAUGUCCACUCAUGAUUUAGUGAAGCUGGAGAAGGAGAUUUGGGAGAAAGUCUUCCCUGAGCACACACACACACACACACACACACACACACACACACUUCUGCAUAUUCUGCAUUUUAUGUCCCCUCAGCAUAGGGACCACAACCCAACACAGUCACGGGGACGUGAGUGGGAUCAGAGGGGACACAUCCACAGCCAUAAACUUCCCUGUGGUGUUUGUGUCAGCACUGGUACAGCUCUUCCUUCCUAACCAGCUGUGGAAUUCCCUCCAGACUCUUGGCAGAAAAAAGCAGUAACUUGCUGGGGUUCAAUUAAAAAAAAAAAAAAAAAAAAAAAAA